GUGGGUGGUGGGAAGUGCAGCUGGCAGCAUAACCGUGUCUGGUAAAUAGCGCGGGUUGGUAGGACACGAAGCACUUGGGACGGCCGGGCUGCAUCCGCCUCUCCGGCACAGAAUAACAAACGGCUUUGCUGCAGAGAAGGGCUUUCCCCUUUCUCGCUGGGGCCGUGGGCUGCCGCGGAGCCCCGGUGCUUAAAAGGAAGCUGAGAUCUGGGGCAGCAGCCUGGCGCAGGCUACUCCCCACGCCCAGAGAUCAGGCUCCGGGAUUUUUGGGUGGAGACUGAACCUCGGUGGUCCCUCGGCUGGACCCGGGGGGCAUGAGAGCUGAGCGGCGCUCGGGCCCGCAGCGAAAGCCGACCGCGCGGGCAGGAGGGGGUUAAGGUGGCGCUAGCGGCGGCGGCCAGCGGGAGGGUCUGGUCCUCAGCGCAGAGGCGAGCAGUGAGCGCGCCGGACGGAAUCCCAGCCGGAGCCCGGGGCGAUGGGGAGAGGGCCCAGACCCCUCCCCGCCCUGGGGCCGGCGGGAUUGGGUCGGCAGGGGGCCAGUCCGGAAGCCUGCUUCCUUCAGGCUCCCCCUCUCGCUGCUGCCAAACCGCCUCGCAGCUAGGCAGUCUGAGCGUUUGUUCUGUGCUCCCUGCUGAGGAGAUAUGAGGGAUUUUCUCUUGGGGGAGAAAUCAGUGGUCGAGCACCUGCCCAGCUCAAAUGCCACCCAGCUCAAAGAGAGGCCUGCGGCCCAGGGAUCCCGGAGGGAGAGCAACGUCACACCUCCUGAGGACAGCCAGGACUCCAGCUUUUGCUGAGCUUUGCAUCUUGCCUCCUUCGGUCCAAAGGCUCCAGACACAGGCUCGGCUGUCGAGUCCCGCAUGCCCCUGACCAGGCACCUCACCGCCCAUCCAGCCCAGCCCAGUCCUAGAGCUCACCUCCAGGACCCAGAGUCUGCCCUCCUGCCCAGAAUGACUCACCAUUAUUUCUAGCUCAAGUGAGAAGAUGUGAUGGGGAGUUGGGCUGCCUGUUUGUGCAUCUAACAUUCCCGCAGCUUCUGAUCAGCUCUGCAAGGAAGAGAGCUUCAGGUUCCUGUCUGGUCAGCCAAGCGAGGCUGUCUCUCCAGCUCUCAGAGAGCUCUCGGGGCUCUCCUGCAGGAGCCCAGGCCAAUGCUCCUGUGCUUCCUGGGGCCAGUAGCAGCAUCCUGAGCUCCCUGCCGCCAGGCAGCUGAAAGGCAUAGCGUGAGGCACUUCUCUCAGUCCCAAUUAUGACAGUGGCCACCGGAGACCCAGCAGAUGAGGCUGCUGCCCUCCCUGGGCACCCACAGGACACCUAUGACCCAGAGGCAGACCACGAGUGCUGUGAGAGGGUGGUGAUCAACAUCUCAGGGCUGCGGUUUGAGACCCAGCUAAAGACCUUAGCCCAGUUUCCAGAGACCCUCUUAGGGGACCCAAAGAAGCGAAUGAGGUACUUUGACCCCCUCCGAAAUGAGUACUUUUUCGAUCGGAACCGCCCUAGCUUUGAUGCCAUUUUGUACUACUACCAGUCUGGGGGCCGAUUGAGGCGACCUGUGAAUGUGCCCUUAGAUAUAUUCUCUGAAGAAAUUCGGUUUUAUGAGCUGGGAGAAGAAGCGAUGGAGAUGUUUCGGGAAGAUGAAGGCUACAUCAAGGAGGAAGAGCGUCCUCUGCCUGAAAAUGAGUUUCAGAGACAAGUGUGGCUUCUCUUUGAAUACCCAGAAAGCUCAGGGCCUGCCAGGAUUAUAGCUAUUGUGUCUGUCAUGGUGAUUCUGAUCUCAAUCGUCAGCUUCUGUCUGGAAACAUUGCCUAUCUUCCGGGAUGAGAAUGAAGACAUGCAUGGUGGCGGGGUGACCUUCCACACCUAUUCCAACAGCACCAUCGGGUACCAGCAGUCGACUUCCUUCACAGACCCUUUCUUCAUUGUAGAGACUCUCUGCAUCAUCUGGUUCUCCUUUGAAUUCUUGGUGAGGUUCUUUGCCUGUCCCAGCAAAGCCGGCUUCUUCACCAACAUCAUGAACAUCAUUGACAUUGUGGCCAUCAUCCCCUACUUCAUCACCCUGGGGACAGAGUUGGCUGAGAAGCCAGAGGACGCUCAGCAAGGCCAGCAGGCCAUGUCACUGGCCAUUCUCCGUGUCAUCCGCUUGGUAAGAGUCUUCAGGAUUUUCAAGUUGUCCAGACACUCCAAAGGUCUCCAGAUUCUAGGUCAGACCCUCAAAGCCAGCAUGAGAGAAUUGGGCCUCCUGAUAUUCUUCCUCUUCAUAGGGGUCAUCCUUUUCUCUAGUGCUGUCUACUUUGCAGAGGCCGAUGAGCGAGAGUCCCAGUUCCCCAGCAUCCCAGAUGCCUUCUGGUGGGCAGUCGUCUCCAUGACAACUGUAGGCUAUGGAGACAUGGUUCCGACUACCAUUGGGGGGAAGAUAGUGGGUUCCCUAUGUGCAAUUGCAGGUGUGUUAACUAUUGCCUUACCGGUCCCUGUCAUUGUGUCCAAUUUCAACUACUUCUACCACCGGGAGACAGAGGGAGAGGAGCAGGCCCAAUACUUGCAAGUGACAAGCUGUCCAAAGAUCCCAUCCUCCCCUGACCUAAAGAAAAGUAGAAGUGCCUCUACCAUUAGUAAGUCUGAUUACAUGGAGAUCCAGGAGGGGGUAAACAACAGUAAUGAGGACUUUAGAGAGGAAAACUUGAAAACAGCCAACUGUACCUUGGCUAACACAAAUUAUGUGAAUAUUACCAAAAUGUUAACUGAUGUCUGAUUGAAACCUAUUACCAUACUCACAGCUCAAUGGAACUAAUGCAGAUGUCGCAUAAUAGCCUGCAUUGUAGUCAGUGUGUUCUACAGUGUGUAUCUGGUUCUGCAUGGAAAGCAAUAGUUGUGCAAGUGACUUUUGAUCUUUUGACUUUUGAUUUAGGACACAGAAUAUCUAUCAUGGCUUUCAUGCACAUCCUCAUCACUGGCUUAUGAGUUUCCAAAGAUGGGAGUCACCUAUCAAGCUAGGAUUUCAGAAAGACACAUUGAGGCCACCACAUACCCAAUACACGGUGCACCUGUCAGUGCCACCAUUCCUUCCUAAUUAAAUGCACACAACAUCCAGGAGAUGCACUCCCCUCCCUGCCAUCCCACCACCCCAUCUGAGCCCACCUGCCCUUUCACAGAGGAACACAAUCAUGGCUUAGCUUUAAAUAUCUGGUGUUUAUUCAAAAGGUCAUUCUCAUUUUCGCAUUGAAAAGAACACACAGUCCUGUGUGUUGGAAUUACUUUCUGUGUCACAGGCUGGGGUUUGUGAAUUGCAGUUGCCAAGUAGACGCUCCGGAGGCUUGUGUUUCAUAACGGAAAAUGCUGCAUUCUGCUUUUUCUCUGCAGUGUCGAUGUGAAGGAAGCCCGGGGGAGGGACAGUUAGUAUGACCGAAUAUGAGUUGUCAAGUUUCACAUUUGUUCCCUUAGGCCUAUGGGGAGAAGCUAACAAACCAACGGACCUCUAAGCCUCUGAUUUCACCAUUUUUGCAGGCUUCAGGGUCACAAAAACAUGUCUGGUUUCUUACUAGAGUUUGCAGACAUCUGCUUUCUUACUGAUGUGGCCCAGCUACACUGACACUGCAGUGAAAUUUACCAGUGAUGCGAUAGAGCUGCAUGGGUGUUUGUUGCAUGAAUCUCAAUAUUUAAAACAGGAGAUAACCUAUUUUCCUAGUAGCCUACACAGUAUUAAUAUUUAGAGUAUUAAUAGCCUUGAAAUGGUCUUGAACUAGGGAUUUUUUCCCAUCAGAAGGUAAAAAUCCCUCCAUCAGGGGAAAAACCAUAGACUAUUUGGAAUGGAACUAAAACUUCUGUCCCCCCAGCCUACCUAUCCCUGUUCUUCUAAACGGGAAUGCAGACCUCUGCAAAGCCAGGAGAGUGGGCAGGGAAGGCAGCGUCUGAACACCUCACAUGACUGCACCUUAGCAUUGAUCUAGUCAUGGGCAUGACUAUCCAGUGGACCAGGGCAUCUGGUCCUGACGACAGGCAGGUCUGUGGAUUCAGUGUAUAUAAAUAUAUAUCGAGUAUCUCUCUUUCACGCGUUCCUCUACCUAGCUAGCGAUAGAAAAAAAAUUGCAUUUGAACAUUGUACAAGCUUAUGCAAUAUUUUUGACACAGGGCAAUUUAUGCAUGUGUUUGACUAUGUGCACUAGGGUGUAUAUAUAUACAUAAAUAUGUGUGUAUAUGUAUAUAUACACACACAUACAUAUAUAUAUAUGUAUGUGUGUGUAUAUAUAUAUAUAUAUAUUCAUUUUCUGGAGUUCAGGUUCAGGAGCAAAUCCACUGCUUGGUGGCUUGGCUUUCUAAGAGGCCUAACAGGUUAAUCUGUCUCAUUGGUAACCCCACUGGGCCUGGGUUUGCUGCCAUUGCCUCAGACACUCCGGUAUCCAUGGAUUCUUAGACGUUAGAAUUGUCUUUCUGCCCUCCAUGUGCUGCAGCUUCAGUUCCCAUGGCUGAAGCUUGUCUUACUGAGUGCACAAGGGCCCUGUGGCCCUCACAGUUCCAGCUGUCCUGGGCCAGACCCACCCCGGGCCUCCUCUGUAUAGUCUAUCCUCUUCAUCAUCUCCAUUCUCACCUUUUCUCAUGCCACUUGGAUCUUAUUAUCAUUUGGCUCUGCAUCUGUCACUUUCACAAACCUUUCCCUAAAGAGCCAGAAUGGAUCCCCUGCUUUGAAACCAAGGACACCAACGAGUAAGACUCCCUGGGACCAAAUUCCACUGAUCUGGGCUUAAAGGGAGCCUCCUCUAUGUGGAAAUGUUUGAGGUCCAGAGCUAAGGGAUGGAGUCCCUAGAUGAUCCAAAGGCAUCAUUUUGAUCUCCAGACCCAAACUCUCCUCCCAUUGAACUGGCAACCAGAACUGCUUUUUAAAAUGAACCAGUGGCAUAAAGAAUCAUUUCCCACCUCCAAGAACAGGUAGAGUGCAAAUGAGCACUGCUCAGCUCAAAGGCAGACAAUAGCUUGACCCCAGAAUGGCUUCAGGUUGGGGGCUUUUUACUCACCACACUGGCUUCUUUGUCUUUUGACAGAGUGGCUUAAAUUUCCUGAACAGUGAAUUGCAAGGGUUGGGCUAUGCAGGAGUGGCUCCGGCCCAGGCCUCACUGCUGCCUAGUUAGCACCUACAGUUGUCUUGGGGCAUGGGGCACCAGCUCAGGGUGCUAGGCCCAGGGUGCUCAUUAGUGCCUGGUCACCCACAUCCCCAGGUAUCUGCAGGUUAUCCCAUGCCCAGCACAAAGCCUCUGUGCUUCUCUUCCUCUCCUUCAUGGGAGGUGGUGCUGAAUUUCCAAGGCAUGGGGUGGGGAGGGACACAGACCUUUGGAAAAUAGAAGGUAAAGCAACCCAUUCUGAGGCCUAGGUCAGAGGUAGAUAUCGUAUCACAGUGUUCUUGGCCCAGGACUCUAAAAUGUUCACACACAGUCAUGCACAUUCACCACAAAAUAGAUACACGGUUGCCACACACAAGUAUAAAACAUGCAACACGUGCAAAAUACAGACAGACCAAGUUAACAUAAAAGCAAACACAGAAGAUAUAUGGUUAUAACUAUCUACAAAAUAUGCACACUCUGCAUAGAUACAUAAUUUACACAUAACAUAGACAAAAGACAAACAUACACCACAUACAAACAUACAGCCUGCAACUCAGAUGCAAAAUACAUAAAAAACUACAAGGACACAAUAUAUAUGCAUGUAAAAUACACAAAGGAUACUUUACUAUUGUUUCUUCACAUGAAACACACAAACUCAGUAUAUAUACACAAUGCAUUUACUUAUAAUCGGCACACGAAAUGCAUCGCACACAUGCCCAGAAACAUCACACAAUAUAGAUAAAAUGCAGACAUAUACUCAGACACAUUGCUCUGCCCCCAGAGCUAUGAAUGAACAGGCACAAACAAAAAAGAUCAGAUUUAGUCACCUCUCCCUGGCCUGUGUCUAUAUCCCUCAGUAUCCUUCAAGGAAUCUCUUUCUCUAGUCUUUUCUCUCACCACCAGAUUUCAGUCCUGAAAAGUAACUCCUGAGGUUUCAAGCAGAAGGAUGAGCCACCACAUCAAGCAGAUAUCUGACGAAGACCAGGAAGUGCAUGGGGCCUCUAGCAAUUCACCUUCCUCCCACCAGAAACCUGGUUACAGGGCGUGGAAGUAUCUGGGACAGCUGGCAGCCUAAUAUAGGCUUCCUUGCCAUGACUCUUCCUUCCAGCAGAUCCACACAGACAACACAAUAGCCCAGGCUCCCCUACUCCCAUCACCUGGGGUCUCCAGAUUCAGCCCUUUUCUCUUAAAAGCAGUAAUGGCUCAAGAAACUGCAGAAUCUUGAGCCCAGGACAAGGGUGAAGAUGUCCCCAACAUUCUCUAAGCCCACAGAUCUUAUUGCCCCUCCAUCUUCUGCAGCUUUUGGGGGGCUAGGUCAGGAAGUUGAGACCCUAUAGUGACCUGUCUCUUAAAAUGAGCCACAUUUACUUGCUUGUGGCAUUUCACUUGCUCUUGGGCAUACGCCUAAAGGGGCCAACUCCUGAUUCCCCUCUGGGGGUGUUCAAGCCCAGGCAUGCUCUUCCUUCCCUCUUGUUGGGCUCCCCCGAUGACCUGCCUCCCAUCCAAUUACUAUGCAACCCAGUUCAGCUAAAGUAAAAAGUGAUUAAGAACAUACACCUAAGGCUAAACAAGCAAACACUUUUUAGAAGGCCUGACUUUAUCAUAUAUUCUAAGACCAUAUUUAAAUACUUUCUAAGAUUCACCACUAUUUUGGAUUACUCUUGGAGCCAGUUCUUCCCCUCAGUAGGACUAGCUGAGAGCUGAGUGCAUUUCAGCAAAGGCUUCACCUACACUGGAAGUUAGGAGUUGCAGUCAGGCCUCGGAUCAGGAUCUGCUCCUGCAGCCAUUCCCAUUGCGUCUCAUCCUCCUUUCCAGUGAUGCUCACAGCUCCCAGUCCCUACAGAGAAGGCAACAACAUCAGGGAACAGAUGUGUGGAUCCAAAACUUGUGCUUGGCUGCAAACUUGUGUUUCCAAGUCAAGAUACCAUUCCUGAUGGCUUCAUCAAGUGCCUCUGAAAGUUGGAAUUUUCAGGAAAGUUGGAGUGUUCAGGAGGCUGAAAAGAAAGGGCCCCAGGAAUGGUGGAGGGAUUGUCAGGAAGAGAGAGUAGCUGAGCUGGUCAAAUUUCAGAGUAAACUUUUCAGGAGCCAACAUUUACUUCAGAAAUAAUUAAGGCUCUGUGCUUCCUGAAACCUCAGUGAUGCUUGACAUGCUCUCUUCCUUCUUCUCUGCUUACCUCUGUCCCUCUCACCUGGGCUUCUGAGGCUGGUGUUGGCAAGUCACCAGGAGGUUAGCCUUCCAAAAGGGACCCCCUGGGAGUGUACCUCUAGAUUGCAUUAGCCUAGUAUGGACAGGGCUCCCAUGGAAGCUAUGAUGGCCGGAGACCCCAGCCUGGGUGUUCAUGUUGCUGCUGUAUGUGGGGAGGGCUCAGGACUAGCUUGUCCUACCUGUGCUUCCUAGAUCUCUCACUGUAUUGCGGUGAGGACUUUAUCAGUGUCAACCCAUGUUGAAAGACGCCAACACGUCAGCAUCUAUCUGAAAGUCAGCCUCUAUCUGACUUUCCCCAAAGGAAACUAUAGAACAGUAUGCAAAUUGCAUAUGAAGGUGGCACCGCUACCCCCAUGUCAGGCAGGGGAGCACAGUGCUUUGACUUGUUUAGUCAAGAGAGGGGAUGACGGUGCUGAGCUCUACUCCCCAGGACUUUCCUGGGGCCCAUUGUCCUAACAACCUAUAUGUCCGUGAUGGCUGCCUGGUCUGUGAGGGCUGUAAUGUCCAGGGUGCUCCUUGGUUACACAAUGGAGGUUCCCCCAGCCUUGGCAAGGUAUCCAUUGCCAGGUUUGAACCCAUGACCUUAACCUCAUUAACAUCAUCAGCCCACUUGAGCCAACCCACAGGGAGGGGGAUGCUGGGAACUGUCUCAGUAGCAAUUGUGACUAUCAUCUCCAUCUUCAGACUUGGCCCUUGUUGAGACAAACCCUGUUCCCCUAUCAAAGCAGCCAGCAGGGACAGAUGGAGGUAGGGGCUCCCCUAUACACAGGAAGGGUUCCUUCCUCAAACUAACCUAGUUUACUUUUUAUUUCUGCUUCCCUUCCCACCAAAUCUCAGCUUCAUCUCUCAUAGUUUGUGUCUGAAUAUUUUUAAAGAGGAAAAGUGCAAUAAAAUAAAUAGUGACUGUUUUCUUUAGCAAUAGCUCUUUCAAAAUCUUGCUCUCAGGACUGAAAAGUGAUAGAUAGUACCUGGAUUAUCAGAUAGUGCCCUUGACUUCUGGGCACUCAUUCACAGUCUCUGUAGUUCCCUCUUCUUCCCACGUGUUUAUGUGACUCCUGUCCUCUGAGAUCUGACCUCCUUCUGGAAUGGACACAUAUGCUGAGGUGCAGUGUAUGCACAAUGAAAGCCCGCAAGAGGGCUUUGUCAUUCUGUUUCUUUCCUGUGUGCACCUCUCUGUCUCCAUGUGUGUCUCUGUCCCCUCUCUCUCUGCCUCCCCAUUUCUGCCUGCUGUCACACAGCAUCCUUACAACCUCUAGGCACAAAAUUCCUAAGUUUGAGUGACCUCCUCAGCCCAUUUUGUUGACUUUCCCUAGGUCUGGCAGGUGUAAUGGAAGCCUACAGGAGAGUGCUUCCCAAUAUAAGAAUAAAGCAUCCUGAGCCAUUACAGAAGAUCAUUUCCAUGCACUAAAAGCCAUUACUUGAUCCUUUUGCUACCCUUCCUCCCUUCCCCAGGGAGAUGGAUGCUGAGGGAAUGUGGCCUGGAGGUUUGCACUUGGGAUCAGUAGCCUGGGCAGAUUUGGGAAUUGCCCUCUAACUAUCCUUCAAAAUAAGCUGACUUGCUCAACCAAAGGGACUCCAUGAGAGCUGCAGAAGGAAGCAAGUUCUUGUUGGUUUCAGUAGAAGUCUACGGGGAUAGAAGUUUGGGUGGUUAGGGCAUGACAUAAGUGAAAUAAAGACUACGACCCGCUAGAGUGUGCAGCUGCACAAAUAUUUGCACACAUAACCAGGGGCUGCAGAAGAGUCCCCUUUCCUAAAAUAUCUGUGAGGUUAAAUGUUCAGACUGGACAAUCAGGGAAGGCUGGCAACCCCAGGGUCCCAUUCCAUUCUUUUUUGAUCUACCUUGCUCUAUACACAUGUGUACAGCAAAACCUCAGUUAACUGAUGGGAAACCUCAGGGACGGGAACAUUCUGGUUAUUUGAGUGGGAAUGGGAAAACAUGCCUGGUUCAACCUUUGCUAUUGAGAAAAAUAUUUCCUAAGUAGGUUAGUAUAAACUUUCCUGCCUUAGAUAAGUAGAAUGUUUGAAGAUAGCAGGAGACCUUGCAUUGUUCAGGGUCAACAUUCUAAACCUCAGUGCUUAUUGUACAGAAGUAGAGAUAGAUGGAGAAGACCAAAGAGACAGGCUGAAUGGCUGCUGGUUACAAUACAGACCUGGAAAUGGGCCACUGGGGCACAUCCUGGCUCAUCAGAUAGAGCCUUUGCUGUCACUUGCGUCUUUCUACUGAAAGUAUAGUAAAAAGACAUAAUUCUUGUCAAUCAAGAGUUUGGUUAAUUGGUCCUGAGUUAUUAGACAUUUUCCAUAUAUACAUAUAUCUGUGUGUGUGUGUAUAUAUAUAUAUAGUAUAUGUAUAUAUGUAUACUGUUUUUUAAAUUACAGAAUUACACAUUGACCAAUCUCCUUAGUUUUACUCAUGUGGAAUAAAUUUGGCAAUCCAAGGAAUAAACUACAUUUAUGUGCAUUUUUUGAAUGACCUCCUUUGCAUUCUUUUCACCUCUCCAGUUCCACUCUUUUUUUUUUUUUUUUUUUUUUUCUGCUUAGGCACCUCUCUAGAAGGCGAAUCUUUCAUAAAAAAAGAACAGGCCUAGGAUCACCUCUUUCCUUUCCCUCCCACGUGGCUGCCUGACUCAGGGAUAAAAGGGAAGACUGAUCUAACAGCUAGCUGCUUUAGCCUUUCUUCUGUCUGCUGUGGUUGGCUGUAACCUCAUCACUGAGGACCAGAAAGGUUAUUCCAAACUUUGUACUGGAGGGGAGUGGAGAGCUUGAAGACCUGGCAAAGCAUUGAUCUAUUUAGCGUUCUCUUUCUCAUUGGUGGUGCCCUAGGUUUGAGGUUCACGAGAUCUGAAAGUAAUAUUCCAAUGAAGAACUAAAGCACAUCUCUGCCACACAGAAGGUGAGGUUUGUGACAAUCAAUGGAACUAACAAAUCCAUUCUGUUUUUUAUUAUGACUAAACCUAAGCUGAGGGUUUGGGUAUCAGAGCGGCUGAAAUUCAGUUGCCUCUUUGGGGGCAAGCUGUAUACAUCACUGAAGAAACGGCCGGGUGCAAGUUGAAACCUGCUCUCAUUCUCCCUCUUGCCUGCCAGUGUGUUAGAUCCAUGGGAGACAGUUUCUUUCAGCCUCACCUCUUGCAUUUGACUGUGUACUUUCUACCUGGAUAGGAGUGGGAGGGAUUGCUCACUGUAUCUGGAGCAGUUGAGGUGGUGCAGGGGUGUCUGCCAUCUCCCCACACCCACAGAAGCCCUCCAGUCUGGCUAUGUCAGUUGUGACCAGGUAGCAGAAGCCCAUAGCCCAGACUUGGCAUGACUAGCUGGUGAACUGAGGCAGUCGAGGUGGCCUGUCUGGAUGGCUACUUCUUAUACUUCAUGAGCCUCAGCAUGGAAAUGGAUAUAACUUUCUGUGCUCCUCUGCACUCCUAAAAUAGUCAAAUAUGUUCCAGAUGAGUUUGCAGCUGAGGACUCCCUGCAUCAUUCCACUGAUGGAUGCACAGGGCAUGAUUAUGUAACAAUGUGGACAGCUACUGCAGUGUCUAGAUCACUGAGGGCAGCAUAGAUGUGACUGUAUGCUAGGACCCUUGGUAGCUAUACAGAGGACUCAGACCUGUGUCUUUCUGAGUCUCUGUGAGAGGCCUCUAAGCCCUGCUUCUCCUUGAAAAAUGAUUCCCUAGACACCGAAUGCCUUGUUUGUAUGAGUGAAUAAACACUCCGGGCUGCUAGAGAAAGCAAUAGGAGGAGCUAGGAGGAAGAGAAUAUUCAGGGGUGCACUUUGCUACCAAACAAUUUCCAUGUCAGCUGCUAACAUUACUGCCUUUUUAGCCUAUAAAAGUGUAGGGCAAGGACUUUGACCUGCCAGGUGGGGCUGGAAAGGAGCAUAUCAGCUCCAGGCUAAGAAAGGGGAUAGCAAAGCAAGAAGGAGAGGGCUGGCUGGCUUUGGCGGGGGUGAGUCUCAGCUCCUGAGGGUUUGAACAUGCUCUGUGCUUGCCCCAGUUCUGCCUUCACGUGGGAUCCAGCGACCCAGUUUCCUUUUGUUGUCGUGCUUGGAUGGUUCCUUCAUUUGAAGGGCCCCAGGAAGCUGGAAAGUCCCAUGAUCGAGCUCUAGCCUGCUGAGCAAACAGUACCCCAGCCAAAUUGGCCUCUUCCUGGUUUUCUGCAUCCCUGCACCCCUCUCUCCACUAAGGAUAAUCUGGGAACAGUUGAGAUUAAUGGUGCCAGCAAUCAAGGAAGAUUCUCUAGUUUUCAUCAGGGACAUAGCUGUAAAGCUCAUGAGUGGAGGAUGCUAUUUUAUUUUCCAGACCUGUGUGCUUAUAUGCUUAUAUAGGCUGUCUCCGGAGAUUUUAUAUUGUGUAUGUAUGUAUGUAUAUAUAUAUAUAUACACACACACACACACACACACAUAUAUAUAUGUACACACACACAUAUAUAUAUAUAUAUAUAUGUAGUGGAAAUGGCCGCCGCUCACUUAGUCUCACGCAGCACAGACUCCAAUUAGGGCUUGCACUGGCUUCCUUGCUGCUUGUGCAUGACUCUGCAGCUGCCCUCCCAUGUCCUGUCUCUAAUAAUUGCUGAAAACUCAAAGAGGCAGAUAAAUAAGCCUCCUUGGGAUCAAUAGCAGAAGGAACUCCAAGGCUGAUGGUAAAGCUUCAUAAGGAUGAUGCCGAAAGGGAACUGGGGUCUCCAUGGUGAUAAGAGGCUGGGGACCAAUGAGAACUGAAGGCGGAGCAGGACUUGUGGGGAAGACUCAAGGGAGUUGGGAGUCAUUUAACUAUUUGUUUGCUUCAUGAAAAUUUAGACACCAGCUGUAACUACAUUGCACAGGAUGUAUUGAUAUUAUCAUUCUUGCUGACAUAUUCUGGAAGCUUUCAGCCCCACCAACACUGCCCCACCCAAGACUUCUGCAGCUGAGAGUUCCUGUGUCAGUAGGGUCUGAUAUUUGUACAUAGGUUAUACAUAUAUGUGUACAUAUGUGCCUCAAUGAACAUUGCCUGUCCACCUGAUCAUGGGUGUACAUAGACUUCAUAGAGCUCCACAGUCUUUUGUAAAUAUUGACACAAGUAAAUAAGUAUAUAAAUAUAUAUUACUGAGGAUUUAUUUUAACAUCAUUCUGUGUGAUAUGAAAAAAAUAAAAUUUUUGACAGACA